UGAUGAGCUUUCUAAGAAGGCUCUUAAAAAAACAACAAAAAGAAGUAGAAAAAGCAAUAAAAAAAGCUGAACGUAAAAGUCAAAAAAUAUCGUUCAAGAAGAGGAUAUAUCAAUUGGAAAAUAUGGAGAAACAGGAUUAAUACAAAGUAAAGAAAAAUAUGCAGAAAGAAAAUUUAUUGAUAUUAAAGAUUUGAAUCCUAAUUUAGAAAACCAGACUGUCUGGUUAAGAGGACGUUUGCAUACAAGUCGUGCUAAAGGUAAACAAUGUUUUAUUGUUUUAAGACAACAAUCUUAUACAAUACAAGGUUUAGCAGCAGUUAAUAACAAAAUUAGCAAACAAAUGAUUAAGUUUAUAUCUAAUAUUACUAAAGAAUCUAUUAUGGAUAUUGAAGCAGUUGUAAAACGUGUCUCUUCUCAAAUUGAGUCAUGUACUCAAAAAGAUGUAGAAAUUCAUAUUGAAAAAGCUUUUGUAAUAAGUAUUGCGAAACCACAAUUACCUUUACAAAUUGAAGAUGCUUCAAGACCAAUAAAAGAAGAAGCUGAUGACAAUAUUUUGAAUAUAAAAGUAAAUCAAGAUACCAGAUUAGAUAAUAGAGUUCUGGACCUUAGAACUCCAGCAAAUCAAGCUAUAUAUCGGGUGGAAGCAGCUAUUUGUAAAUUAUUUAGAGAUAUACUUACAAGUAAAGGAUUUGUUGAAAUUCAUACACCGAAAAUAAUAUCUGCAGCAAGUGAAGGUGGUGCAAAUGUAUUUACAGUAUCAUAUUUUAAAGGAAAUGCUUAUUUAGCACAAUCUCCACAACUUUAUAAACAAAUGGCAAUAGCAGCUGAUUUUGAUAAAGUUUUUACUGUAGGAGCAGUUUUUAGAGCUGAAGAUUCUAAUACACAUAGACAUUUAACGGAAUUUGUUGGUCUUGAUUUAGAAAUGGCAUUUAAAUAUCAUUAUCAUGAAGUAGUUGAAAUUAUUGGACAGUUAUUUGUAGAAAUGUUCAAAGGUCUUCGUAACAAUUAUGCUGCUGAAAUCGAGGCUGUACGUCAACAAUAUAAUGUGGAACCAUUUAAAUUUUUAGAUCCACCUUUAAAAUUAGAAUAUAGUGAUGCUAUUGAAUUAUUAGCAGAAGCUGGCGUAAUUUUGGGUGAAGAUGAUGAUCUUUCUACACCAGAUGAAAAAUUAUUAGGAAAACUUGUUAAAGCAAAAUAUGAUACAGAUUUUUACAUCUUGGAUAAGUAUCCAUUGGCGGUAAGACCGUUUUAUACAAUGCCAGAUCCAAAUAAUCCUAAGUUAUCAAAUUCUUACGAUAUGUUUAUGCGUGGCGAAGAAAUUAUUUCUGGUGCACAACGUAUUCAUGAUCCUGAACUUCUUAUAGAACGUGCAAAAUAUCAUGGAAUUGAUUUAGAAAAGAUAAAAUCAUAUAUUGAUGCAUUCAAAUAUGGUUGUCCUCCUCAUGCUGGUGGUGGAAUUGGAAUGGAACGUGUUGUUAUGUUAUAUCUUGGUUUAGACAACAUAAGAAAAGUUUCAAUGUUUCCUCGGGAUCCUAAACGUAUUACGCCAUAGAAUUUCAACUUCCAAAUAAUAUAUGCAGUAAUAAUAUAUUUAUUAAAUUUUUAAUUGUUUUAUUGCUAAGAAAAAUUAAUAAAUGGAUAUUUUGAAUGUU